GCUGCUGUCACCUGUCAACAUGGCGGCCCCCAGGAGUUUCGCUCUAUGGGGCUACUGCGACCGUGGGUGGUCGCGGUUGAUGCCGGGCUGCCGGCUCCCCGGGUUUCGUAGCUGCUGGCCUGGGUGCCCGCUAGGUGCGCGGCUCUUGUCCCAAGAGAAGCGGGCAACGGAAACGCACUUCGGGUUUGAGACUGUGUCGGAGGAGGAGAAGGGGGGCAAAGUCUAUCAGGUGUUCGAAAGUGUGGCCAAGAAGUAUGAUGUGAUGAAUGAUAUGAUGAGUCUUGGUAUCCAUCGUAUUUGGAAGGAUUUGCUGCUCUGGAAAAUGCGUCCAUUUCCUGGGACCCAGCUGCUUGAUGUUGCGGGCGGCACAGGUGACAUUGCAUUCCGGUUCCUUAAUUAUGUUCAGGCGCAGUAUCGGGGAAAGCAGAAGAGGCAGUUAAGGGCCCAGCAAAAUUUAUCCUGGGAAGAAAUUGCCCAAAAGUACCAGAAUGAAGAGGAUUCCUUGGGUGGUUCCCACGUCAUGAUCUGUGACAUCAACAAGGAGAUGCUAAAGAUCGGAAAGCAGAAGGCCUCCGCUCAAGGAUACAAGGCCGGACUUGCUUGGGUGUUGGGAGAUGCUGAAGAACUGCCCUUUGAUGAAGACAAGUUUGAUGUUUAUACCAUUGCCUUUGGGAUCCGGAAUGUCACACACAUUGACCGGGCUCUCCAGGAAGCCCAUCGGGUCCUGAAACCAGGAGGACGGUUUCUCUGUCUGGAGUUCAGCCAAGUGAACAAUCCGCUCGUAUCCAGGCUUUAUGAUCUCUAUAGCUUCCAGGUCAUUCCUGUCCUGGGAGAGGUCAUCGCAGGAGACUGGAAGUCCUACCAAUACCUUGUAGAGAGUAUCCGGCAGUUCCCACCUCAGGAGGAGUUCAAGGAGAUGAUAGAAGAUGCAGGUUUUCAGAAGGUGACUUAUGAAAGUCUAACAUCGGGCAUCGUGGCCAUUCACUCUGGCUUCAAACUGUAACUCCUUUACUAUCCUGGAAUGUGAAACAGUCACAUCCUGUCAAAAGCCUGCAACUGAAGGAUAAUCAGGCUAGUGAGACCAGCAACAGAACAUCUCCUCUUAAGGACAUGUGCCUUGGACUCAUGUUCUGACGUUCUCACUUUAUUGCAGCUUUCGCUAGCAGCUGCUUCAAGGCCUUCUCCCCAAGGUAUUGUGUAUUUUUUGCUCAAUUCCUGCUAAUUUUUCUCAUCUGUGCAGUGUGUGGUUAAGAUAAAACCAGCAUUAAAACUCA